AUGUCAAUGUUGGCCUCGGCCGCUGUUGCCAACAUUAUUGUCAACCUUUUUUUACAAUUGCCAGCCGAUAGAUGGACGGAUAUUUUGGGAUUUAAGAAACCAGUUCUUUCAAAUGAUCAAAUGAACACUCCAGAGUAUCAUUACGCAUCCUUUGCAGCCAAGCUCUGCGGUCUCUGGCUCGGUCUAACUCUCGGAAUGCUUCCACUAUUCUUCAUUGAUGAUAAUUUGGAUAAUCGGGCGCAUGAUAGUCAGGAAUUCCUGUCCGGAACAAAAAGUGAAUGGUUCGUAAUGGACGAUCAGAAUCGGAAAGUGAAUGCUGAUGAGUAUUGUGAAGUUUUCAGUGGAGAAUGA